CAACAGCAACAGCAAGGAUGUUGCGAUAUCGCAGGCAGCCAAAGAUUGCUGUGGUUGCAUAGAUUAGACCGCUGGGUUGAAAUCUCAGUGUAGUUAUUGUGCAUGUUAGACUCCGUGGUGACAUACGUGCAGCAGAUGUUUAGCAGGCGUUAGUUUCGUGUCAACUAGACGUUUGUCGGAGGCGCUGCGUCGCGUUAACGCUAACUAAAAAAAAAAUCAGUUUUUAUAUAUAUAUAAAAAAAUGGAAGCAACCAAAUAGCCGCACGGGUGAUUCAGCUACGUCAAACGCGGCUACAGUGCAUUUUUACCGAAGAUGGAAGCAAAAUUUCUGCUGACGAAUACCGAAGACAUCAUCUUCAGAGGAUAACCUUACACAAAAUGUCAUAACGCGUAAGUAGCUAGCAACUUAGCUAGCUUGGUAAUGGCUGGCCGAGAUGGAGGCGAUGGACCUAUUUUUUUCAUCAGCAGCCGAGCACGAACAGCUGGAUGGCUUGUGAAAGAAACACUUUCUCCGGAGAUGCUUUAACCUCCCGGGUGGUGUAAUUCACUUGCAUAACCCUGCUAGUCGCAACCGCUCCACUAGCGAAAGGGAAAAUUUCCACCUCAAAAUCAAACAAAUCUCUCAACAUCAUGAUAACUGACAAAGGCUACAUGUUUUAAAACGGACUUGACAAGUUUACUAUUAUUUGAGCCGCGUUGUAGAUUAUAUAUCAGUGCAAUAACGAGCCUUUGAUAAGGAAAACAGCUCAUCGUUUUUGCUGUGUGUGAACGUGAAGCCAAAAAAAUACGCCUUGCUCCUGUCGUUUUUUUGACAACAUGAGGAAGUUCUUUGAUUCUCGCCGGGAGUUGGUCAGCUCCGGGCCCGGUUCUGGAGGAGGUGGCAGCUCCGGGUCCAGUCAUGCAGGCGGAAAUUUCAUCGGGAGAGGCUUCACUGUCGGGCGACACCAAGUCACUGUGGAGGAGAUCAUUGCUGAAGGUGGUUUCGCAAUCGUGUUUCUCGUGAAAACAAAUCAAGGGGUUCGUUGUGCGCUGAAGAGGAUGUACGUCAACAACGAGCAUGAUCUGCAGGUGUGCAACAGGGAGAUUCAGAUUAUGAAAGAUCUUGUCGGUCACAAGAAUAUUGUUGGUUAUCUGGACUCCAGUGUCACAGCAAUGGGAUCCAGGGAUGUAUGGGAGGUUCUCAUUCUGAUGGACUACUGCAAGGGAGGGCAGGUGGUCAAUCUGAUGAAUCAGAGGCUGCAGACUGGCUUCACAGAGUCUGAGGUGCUUCAGAUCUUCUGUGACACCUGUGAUGCUGUAUCUCGUUUGCACCAGCGAAAGUCGCCAAUCGUCCACAGAGACCUAAAGGUGGAGAACAUCCUUUUGCACGACAAAGGUCAUUAUGUGCUGUGUGACUUUGGCAGCGCCACAAACAAAUUUCAGAACCCGCAGAUUGAAGGAGUGGCCACGGUGGAGGAAGAGAUCAAAAAAUACACAACUUUAUCGUAUCGUUCUCCAGAAAUGGUAAACCUUUACAAUAACAAGAUUAUCACCACAAAGGCUGAUGUCUGGGCGCUGGGCUGUUUGCUGUACAAGUUGUGCUUCUUCACUCUCCCCUUUGGUGAAAGCCAGGUGGCCAUCUGUGAUGGCAGUUUCACCAUUCCAGAUAAUUCUCGUUACUCUUAUGACCUUCACUGCCUCAUUCGGUACAUGCUGGACCCAGACCCGGACAACAGGCCCGACAUCUAUCAGGUGUCCCACUUUGCUUUUAAACUAGCUCAGCGGACUUGUCCUGUUCAGAAUGUGAAGAAUUCUCCAAUUCCUUCCAAACUUCCUGAGCCAAUCACAGCGAGUGAGGCUGCAGCAGCAAAGAAGAGCCAAACUAAACCAAGACUGACUGAUCCUAUUCCCACCACUGAAACCUCCAUCACCCCUCGUCAGAGGCCCAAAGCGGUGCACACUCAGCCUGCUGCUGGCAUCCUCCCCAUCCAGCCUGCUGCUCUCACCCCUCGCAAACGAGCGAAUGUCCCUGGUGGUGUUGCUCAGCCUUUGGGAGUCAGCUUAGACCUCUCCCAGCCAGCUGCAGCGCUCCAGUCACAGAAGGGCUGGACGUCAGCGCAGCCUCUCAUCCACACACAAAACAAUACAAGUCAAGCUGCAGCUUCACAGAAACAGCCAGCUGCUGCUGCUGGAGGAGAGACGGCAGCAUCACAAGUAGUUCAAGCCGAUGCCGCACCGCAAGCACAGCCAGCAUCCCAGCAGCAGACCACACCUCCCUCUGUAGUCGGCUCCACUUCCCAGCAGGCCGCACAGACUCCGUCCAGCCCCGCCCCACCUCAGCGCCCGGCGCGUCGCAAGCAGACAAACCAGGCUCAGCAGCCAGACACUCAGCCUUCUCCCAGCAAACCGGCGUCUGGUCAGCCGGCAGUAGCUCCACAGCAGGAGAUCGUUCAACCAUCAGCCCAAACUCGGCCUGCUUCCAAUGAGAUCAACCAAAUAUCAUCCCAGAUAACUCCACCUGAGACUCCAAAGACAAGUGAAGAACGAGGUGAACCGAGUGAAGCGCUAGUUCCGGUCAACGACUCCUCACAGCCGCUGCAAGGAGACGACGGAAGUGCUGCUGUCAGUCAAUUACCAACAUCUCCACAAAGCCAGUCGGUUCAGCCCAACCUUUGUGAUGCAGCACAAGACCAAAGCACAGCUGCAUCCACUGUUCACACCUCUGCUGGUGCUGCCAACACCUCCACACAGCCAGCGUGGAACCCGUUCGACGACGAUGACUUCUCCAACCUCGCUGCUGAAGGGUUCAAAACUGAUGACAAAAAGACGACUGAUUUACUGUCAGAUUCAGAGGCAGCAUCACCUGAAGAGCUAAUACCAGGUCUGCAGGCCUCAUCCAUGGAAGAUGCAGCUCAAGAAACAGCUGAAAGACCAGCUGCUUUUGGGGACUCGGGAGCCUCACUGCUGGUUGUCCCAGAUCCUUUCCAUGCCCUCGAACUGUCAGACACUCCAGAGAAGCUGAUCGAAGGACUGAAAUCUCCCGACACGUCUUCACUCCUGCUUCCUGAUCUGCUGUCGUUGUCCGAUCCUUUUGGUGAAUCUGUGCAGUCCGUGAAAGACCCCCUCGCUGCAGACGACUCUCUGCUGAGCUGCUCUCUGAUCUCCAGUCCACCUCCUCCUGCAGGCAGCACCACUUCCUCUGUCUCGUCUGCUCCCACCUCCGCCACCUCUGCUUUGGAUGAUUUUAGCUUGUUGUCCGGAGACUCAGUGCAGCCUAAAGGAGACUCGUCUCUUCUGAUCUCAGACUUUGAGGCCCAACAGACGAGUGCAGGAGCCGCCACGGAGGAUGAGUUUGACCCUAUUCCUGUCACAGGGCGCAAAAAUUCCCAAGUUUCAGGAGGCCACUCGCGCAGUAACAGUGGCGGCUCUGAAUCCAGCCUGCCCAGCUUGGCUCGCUCCCUGCUGCUGGUGGACCAGCUCAUCGACUUGUAGACGGCCCCCCCUCCCCCCCGUAGAAGCUGUAACACUGGAUAAUAGUCUGGCAUAGCAUAACAGCAGUCAACACUGUUGUCAUGGCUAACUUCCUGCACCUGCCCCCCCCCCCCCUGACUGUCAUCUUCAUUACAUUAGCAUCUGUCACCUUUCAGCGCCUCUUCAUUCCUGCUUUCCGCCUCAUCCAUAGCAUUAUCUGCCUUCUCUCAUCUCGUCCUCGCUUCCUCUUAGUUGUAGCCUCCACGCAUCAUGUAUUUCCCAUCGAGAAAACAGUGGCAAAUUCACCGUCACCAUCUGUUCUGCAGUUUGUUUUUCUGUCAAUCAGGAGAAAACUAUAUCAAUUUGAAGAAUACCGCAUUAUGUCUAACAGCAUACAAGAAAAGAUCAUUGUUGUAAUGUAUAAUAGACAUAGUUCUAAGUGGUUGUAGUAAUCGUGCACAAGUGAAAUUGUUGUUGUUUGCCUUUUUUUUUUCUCCCCAAAAUUAUUUGCACAUUUUAAGGGGGAAAAAAAACUAAAAUAAUUAAUAACCAUUCAUUAAAAGGACAUUUGUUUGUAUUAGCAUAGCAGAAACUUCUUUGAAACUUAAAAUAUAAAUUUUAAUGCUUCAUUUGCACAGACGCUUAAAGGUUAUCCCUUAUCAGAGCUAUAGAACAAAAUAUCUUUACUGAAAUAAAGCUGCUAUAGAUUAAAAUCAACAUGGAGGUGAGUCACAAUCUGGAAGCAGAACAGCCAUUACACGAUGCUGAAGUGCCAUAAAGUUGUCCGAGAAGCAAACGGGUUCAGAAAGUGGAGCUGCAAAACAACAAUCCAGUCAUAUGGUGUGAAAAACACGUGUCUUUUAGGCCUAUUGUCAACUGCAGGUGAAAUUAUUUUCCUAUUUAUUUAAAUCAAAUCAAGCUGAAAGUUGUGUUGGAAUACAGUGAUAAAUCAAGGUAAUUUAGACAUGUUGAUAGCAGCGUGCCAUAUCAGUAAAUAAUACAUAAAAUCAUGAAAACAAUUUGAUAUAGUAGUAGUUUUGGGGAACAGCAGAAGAACAGUAGCAUUUAUGUACAGACAGAACACUCAUGACUACUCAAGCCACUUAUUGGCGGUAACAGAAAUCCCAUUAAAUUGAUAUUUUUCACAGAUUUCCUUUUAUUACACCCCACACAUUAAUACAUGUAUUUGUGUAAUUCCUCCUACAUUCCUCAUAUUUGUUUACUCCUUGUGUAAAUAGAUAUCUGCAACGACUCCUGCAGCCUCUGAUCCAGAUAUUAAGUCAUUGUCA